CAUAAAUUGUUAUCAUUUAAUAAUAAUAAUGAUGUGCACAUAUAUAAAACGGAAUGCUCUGUCUAGGUCCGUCAAUAUUAUUAGUUGAAUAAGAUAGAUGGAUAUGUGAACUUAAUUUGUAAUUCAGUGAAUAAAAAAAACAUGUCAGGUGUGCUGAAUCAAGGAUUCGAAGAGGAUGCUAACGAACAAGGCGAAAAUUCGUAUCCGCUGCGGCGACGUAAAACGUCAGACGUAACAAUUGCCGUCCUUCCGGAAUCUUUAAAUGAUGGAAACGAGGACGAUACCAGAGCGGUUGAAGAAAAUGGAGUUUCAAAAGCUGUUGGAAAGCUUUGGGAUAUUAUGGAUUAUUCUGUACUAAGGCACAAAAAAACUAUCAAAGUCUUGGCUAGCAUUUGCUUGCACGUCCUGGCAAUAGUAUAUUUUGCUUACGCCACUUCGUACUGGUACAAACAUGAUAAAGGACGCUGCAAUUAUCAAUGGUGUGAUGGCUAUGGUUUUCUUGCUAUUAUUUACCUUUUAUUUUACUUGGGAUUUUUAUAUUUUAUGGUAUUUAAACGUUUCGUAUGGCCUGCUUUGAGAAAACUAUUGACGCCGACUAUAGAAGCAUAUAACAGUUUUACAUCUGGAAGAUGGGUAUAUGCGACUAUAAUAUCACUUAUUUUGAGCGCGAUAAUAAUUUUUAUUAUCGCCGACAGUUGGAAAACCCCCGAAAGAUUGCAAUCAUUUUCUGGAAUAUUUAUCAUACUUUUUCUUGGAUUCUUCUUUUCUAAAUAUCCUGGGAAGAUUAAUUGGAAGCCUGUUUUUGGAGGCAUUAUUUGCCAGAUUGUUCUUGGUAUGAUCACUAUACGUUGGGAGGUAGGCAGAGAUAUUUUCAGCUGCUUAGGUGAAAAAGUAUCGAAGUUCUUGAAAUAUACUGAUUCUGGUAGUGCGUUUGUUUAUUCGGAUUUGUUAGUAUUCGACAAUCCAAUUUUUGGUUUUCAGGUACUGUCUAUAAUAUAUUUUUUCUCAUUUACGAUAAACAUUUUGUUUUACUUGGAAACUCUGCAAUGGGUUCUUCUAAAAUUGGGUUGGAUUUUGCAAACAAUAGUUGGAACAACAGUCUGUGAAAGCGUGGUUGCUGCUGCAAAUAUGUUUAUAGGAAUGACAGAAGCACCGUUGGUCAUAAAACCAUAUAUAGAUAUUUUGACUAAUUCUGAACUUCACUCGAUUAUUACGUCAGGAUUCGCUACAGUUUCAGGUACUGUAUUAGCAGCGUACAUUAGCUUCGGAGCUGAGCCAGCUCAUCUGCUAACAUCGAGUGUCAUGGCAGCACCCGCUUCAUUGGCAUUUAGUAAAUUAUUUUAUCCCGAAACAGAAAAAUCAAAAACUACUGCUUCAAAUAUACAAAUGGCAAAAUCUACUGAUGCUUCAUUAUUGGACGCAGCGUGCAAUGGUGCAAUGCAAGCCACUAGCAUCAUUUUGGGAGUCAUUGCAAAUAUAAUUGCGUUUGUCGCUUUUGUGGCAUUUUUAAAUGGAACAGUAGGUUAUCUUGGCACCCUUGUCGGAAAUGCCGACUUAACUUUCGAACAAAUUUUCGGAUACAUCUUUAUGCCAUUGAGCUGGGUUAUGGGAAUUCCCUGGAGCGAAUGCGAGUACGUGGGUACAUUAAUAGGAUUAAAAACUGUAAUAAAUGAAUUUGCUGCUUAUCAGAAAUUAGGUGCCUACAAAAAAGCAGGACUCCUUUCACCACGUAGUGCUGCCAUCGCCACUUACUCAGUGUGUGGAUGCAACCCUGCCUCAAUCGGUAUCGUAAUAGCGGUGUUAGGAGCAUUGAGCCCCAAACAGAAGCAAAAUAUCACAGCAGUCUCAUUCAGGGCCUUCAUCUCGGGUAAUGCUGUGUGCUUCCUAACAGCCAGUAUUGCAGGUCUUUUGAUGGGUGAUGAUGAUCUUCCACAAAUGAAUACAAGGCACUCUUUUGGCAUACUAAAUACUUGACGAUUCAAUUACACUUACACCAACAU